CGAAGCUACAAACAUGCGAUGCAGCCAAACCCAGACCAUGUCCGUAUAAUCGCCAACCGCUACGCCGCGUAUCUCCGCCUCUGUUUCCCGCCGACCGGCGCGUCUCUUCCACUCGCGUUAUCCAUCCAUGCCAACAUCACCGCUUCUGGGUUUCGCCCACGUGCCCACAUCGUCAACCGGUUGAUCGAUUUCUAUUGCAAAUCCUCGAAGCUCGAUUAUGCACGCACCCUGUUCGACGAAAUUCCCAAACAAGACGGGAUCGCGAGAACCUCCAUGAUUUCUGGUUAUUCCAAUUCUGGAAAUAUCAAACUCUCUUGUCGAGUUUUUCUGGAAACUCCAUUGAGUUUGCGGGAUACCAUUAUGUACAAUGCGAUGAUCACUGCGUUUUCACAUAACAAUGAUGGGUAUUCGGCUUUGAAUCUCUUUUCUGAGAUGAAAUGCGACGGAUUUAGACCCGAUAGCUUCACAUUCUGUAGUGUUCUCAGAGGAUUGGCACUUGUUGCCGAAGAGGAGAGGCAAUGUGUGCAGUUUCAUGGUGCCGUUGUGAAGUCCGGGGUGGGUUAUGCUACGUCUGUUUUGAACGCUCUGAUAUCCGUGUAUGUGAAAUGUGCUUCUUCCCCUUAUGCUGCUCCAUCUUCCUUAUUGGGUGCAGCUAGAAAAGUGUUUGAUGAGAUUCCCACGAAGGACGAGUUGUCGUGGACUAGUAUGAUCACGGGUUACGUGAAGAAUGGUCUUUUAGAUGCGGGGAAGGAGUUGCUAGCUGGGAUGGAUGAGAAGAUGCAGGUCGCAUGGAACGCAAUGAUUUCUGGUUAUGUUCAUCGUGGUUUGUAUCGAGAAGCACUAGAUAUGGUUAGGAGGAUGCUGUCUUCUGGGAUCGAGCUUGACGAGUUUACAUAUACAAGCAUUUUAAGUGCUUGUGCUGAUGGUGGAUUGCUUCAAAUGGGAAAGCAGAUGCAUGCUUAUAUACAAAAGAGGGAGAGACAGUGUUCUCGGGACUUUUCACUGCCUGUUGAGAAUGCGUUUGUCACUUUCUACUAUAAAUGCGGUAAAGUUGAUGAGGCGAGAGCCAUUUUCGAAAAGAUGCCAACAAGAGACGUGGUUACUUGGAAUGCUUUGUUAUCAGCCUAUAUCAGUGCAGGGCACAUAGGUGAAGCAAAGUUACUGUUUGAGGAGAUGGAGGAGAGGAAUCUCCUGAGUUGGGUGAUGAUGAUUUCUGCAUUAGCGCAAAGCGGCUCAGGAGAAGGUCUGAAACUGUUCUCCCUUAUGAAGAAAGAAGGUUUUGAACCGUGUGAUUAUGCAUUCGCUGGGGCAAUCUCUUCAUGUGCUGCCGUAGGAUCCUAUAGCAAUGGACAGCAGUACCAUGCUCAGUUGAUUAAAUUAGGGUUUGAUUCGAGCCUCUCAGCUGUGAAUGCCCUCAUAACAAUGUAUGCAAGGUGUGGUUGUGUUGAGGAAUCUCGACGCGUGUUUCUUACGAUGUCGUAUUUGGAUCCUGUCUCUUGGAAUGCUCUGAUUGCUGCAUUGGGGCAGCAUGGACAUGGUGUUGAAGCAGUUGAAGUCUACGAGGAGAUGCUGAAAGAGGGCAUAUCGCCUGAUCGGAUAACAUUCCUCUCAGUUCUCACCGCUUGCAGCCACGCAGGUCUAGUUGAACAAGGACUUAAAUAUUUUGAUUCGAUGAAAACCCUUUACAGUAUUCCCCCGGGUGAUGAUCAUUACGCUCGGGUUAUCGACUUGCUCUGUAGAUCUGGAAAAUUCUCGGAUGCGGAGGAUAUAAUCAAGUCUAUGCCGUUUGAACCAACUCUACAAAUAUGGGAAGCCCUUCUCUCCGGCUGCAGAAACCAUGGAAACACUGAGCUGGGGAUCUUAGCCGCUGAGAAGCUCCUCAACCUCGUGCCAGAGCACGAUGGGACAUAUGUUCUCUUAUCAAACAUAUAUGCAGCCGCCGGUCUCUGGGAAGAAAAGGCGAGAGUGCGUAAAUUGAUGCGUGAUCGAGGGGUAAAAAAGGAACCGGGAUGCAGUUGGAUCGAGGUGAAGAACCAAGUCCAUACAUUUCUGGUCGAUGACACUAAACACCCAGAGGGACGAGCAGUUUACAACUAUCUUGAAGAGUUGGGGAUGGAGAUGAGGAAACUCGGGUAUGAACCGAACACGAGAUUCGUGUUGGAAUCCACUUUGUCCACGCACAGUGAGAAGCUUGCGGUGGCAUUCGGGCUGAUGAAACUUCCUUCGCAAGCAACCAUAAGAGUGUUCAAAAACUUGAGGACUUGUGGAGAUUGUCAUAACUUCUUAAAGUUGUUGUCUCUGAUGAUGAGACGAGAGAUGGUCGUGAGAGAUGCCAAGAGGUUUCACCAUUUCCGUGAUGGGAAAUGCUCCUGCGGUGAUUUCUGGUAAAGCUUGCGUCUCCUUUCGCUUAACUUGAGCGAGAAAAAAAAACAAAAUUAUAAACAUUUUUUAUUAUAUACAAUGCAUGAGUUGAUCGUGGGUAUUUAUGAGGAAAUUCAUUAUGGUUUUACAAUUUAUUAUUAUGUAAUAUUUUAGUAUUUUUCUAGAUAAACUCGUAAUUUUUUUAUAACCUUAUUUUUUUGUGUGUGAAUCAUAUGGAAUUACGACGUCCGUGUGUAGUUAAAUACCCACGAAGAGGAAAUUUUGGGG